AUGCCUGGAUUACUUUCUCUCCCCACUGAGCUCUUGCAGCAAAUUGCUUCUUCACUACCCUGCUCCUCAGCCCUUAACCUACUUCGUGUCAACCACCAGCUACGCAAAGCAUGUAACGACCGUCUGGUCUUCCAGCAAAUUGCCAAACGUGAUUUGAACUACUCUUCCCUCUCCAAAUGGGGACUCUACGAUGGCCUAAUACUAUUCGAAGACGACGAUCCCCUUCUAACC